AAGAUGCGUAGCCACAAACCAAACCAGCCUCAUAUUCUUGAUUCUUUAGGUGGCUUCAGAGAGUGAGCUUUAUGGUUUUGGUAAUUCCAUUUUGUUCAUCAAGAUACAUUUCUAGAGUUCAACCUCUAUAUCUUUCAGCAAGUGAAUCACACGCACUAUAGAUGAAUUGCAAAAUAAACUCCUUAAGCUCACCAAUUCCAUGCAAACUUUACACCAAGAAACCAAGGCUUAGAAGAACAAACACCAUCCUAUUUUCCUUUUCCUCAAGUGAAAAACAACAAAAAACCAUUUCCACCAGCACAAGCAUUGAGGCUUACACUGUUAGCUUCAAGACAGAAAAGGGUUGCAAGCUUGGCAUUUCAAGGUAUCCUGACUUUGAAUAUGAUGCGGAAGGGGGAAUAGGAACUGGGGUUGGUGCAAAGGACACAAAGAAUGAUCCAGCCAACAAUGACCUUCCAGUUUCAUUUGAUCUUGAAACUUUGUAUAUUCCACCACUAACAAGUUCUACCACCAAGUUUCUUGGUUUGCCAUUGCCACCAUUUUUGAAGAUUGAUAUAGUUCCUGAAGCAUUUCAAGGAAACAUUAACCAAGAAUCUGGCAAGGUUGAUCUUGAGUUCAAGGCCAAGUUCUUGUUUUCUGCUGCUAGUCUCUACAAGGCUCCUCCAUUGAUGGUGAAGACAGUGUUGACAUCUGAAGAAACAAAUGGCACAAUGAGGAGAGGAAGAGGCAAGAGAUUGGAUAAAGAAGGGAAGUGCAGACUGGUUGGUGUGGCAACAGUUGACCCUAUUGAUGAUAUCUUUAUGAAUUCCUUCCUUGGCCUCCCAACUGAGUGCCUUGCUGAGUUAAAUGCUGUAAUCUCCAUUUCUUCCUCAUCUUAAGAUCUCAUCACAAAAUUUGGAUAUUUGUUGAAGCCUAUUUAUAAUACAAGGUGAUGCAUUGUAGAGACUAGAGAGCAGUUAUAAGUGAAUUAGUUUACCCAAUUCAGCAUUGUGGCCUGAUAGCCAUCCAUGUACAACACUAUAGUCUAUAGGUAAAACAAUUAUAAAUGUACUAAUAGAAGAAGAGUGAAGUCUUAUACAAUAUCCUUAAACUUUUGUUAUGCCAAUGUGUUUUUACUUUUUAA